AUGUACACUGUAGCAAAGCAGCAAGUCCAGCUAUCUAUUGAUCCAGAAGCAAAGCAUGCAAAAGGCCUGACCCGUAUAUUUUACACGCUUAAUUCUUCCAUAAACUCUCAGCCUCAAGCAAUAAAAUUCUCAAUUUUCGCUAAAGAGCUCCAAGUGAGCAAAAUUUGGACAAAAAACAAAACACAAAUUCCUUUCCUCUACCCAAAUGCGGUCAGCCAGGCUAACAUGCUAGGCGAAGCCUUAGAAAAUACCAGAGAUUUCAAAGACCUUACAGAAAUGCUUUAUGUUGCCUGGGAUUACGAAAACGAGCUAGGAGGACUUCUGAAUUUCGUGUUGCCAGAAGACGUUGUCCGUGGGAAAAGUGAAAUAGCUGUAUAUAUAGAGUACACAAUUUCUAGCCCUGCUGGAGGUCUCCGCUUUUAUUUCUCAGAAGGAAAAUCCAUCAUGCUAACCGACUCUUUGCAUGAAGCCAAAAGAUAUUGGAUGCCUUGCUAUGACACAAUCCAAAGCAAAUAUGAUGUAGAGCUAGAGCUGCAGGUCCCCAAAGGAUACUAUGCUAUUUCUUCAGGAGACUUAACAGGGCUAAUAGAAGAAGGAAAUAAUCAUUCUUUUCAGUACAAAAUCAGCACGUUUGUUGAUGCCAUUGGGUUCUGUGUAGCCCCUUUUAAUAUUUUUAUACAAGACACCACCCAUUCUAGCAUAGCUCACUACAGCUUUGAAGAACCUAACCAGCAGAAUCGCCAAAAAGAUUUGAGGUAUACCAUAAACAACCCUUAUUUCUCAUAUGGGAACAUAAUUACUUAUCUUACAGAAAUGAUUGGAAGCCAGCUGCCUUAUAAGUCGCACAAGGUCAUUUUUUUGCCAGACUUAGGGGAGUCUUUAUGUUUUGCAGGGCUUAACAUUAUUGAUGUGAAAUACCUUAUCAAUGAAACUAUGCAUGAAGGGAUUAAUGCAGCUGCAAAAGAACUUAUAAGGACUUGUUGUUUUAACUGAAUGGGCGCCACAUUUCGAAUGAUGACUUGGGCUGACUACUGAAUGAUUAUUGGGCUAAAAGAUUAUUUAGCUAGAAGCUAUAUUGGCGACCGACAAGAUGGGAACUGGUUGAAAUUUGAUAUCAUGAAAAAGGUUAAGCGGUAUUGCUCAUAUGUGGAAAAAGGCUUAGAAGUCAGGCCGCUUUGCUCUUUAUACUUCUCUCAUCCUAAUGAGUUGAAAACAGACCGCGUUUACAAGCUAAAAGCAGGGCUGAUUUUCCACAUGAUAGAAAGCAAAGUAGGGAAAGUUCACAUAAAAAAUGUAAUCCAGACACAUUUGAAUACACGAUGUGCUACACAUGAGCUGAUUAAAACCCUAAAAAAGCACUGCAAAGUCAGCUUUAAAGAGUUUGCCAAAACUUGGAUAUAUGGGACUGGAGCACCACUUCUUCAAUGUAAAUUUACACACAAUAAGAAAAAUAAUGCACUUGAUCUGGAAAUCCAACAGACACCACUAAUGAACACUUAUUUAGAGUCUUUGGCAAAUAAGCAGUAUGAAAGCUUAGGAAACUCAAACUAUGAAGUCCCUGUGAGGCUAAAUUCAAUGAGGUUUUACAAUGGACCAUUAAUUAUAACGAUUUAUGAAACUGAUGGAUACGAUAUAGACAGCUUCCAAAGAGAAAUUAAUGUAGAAGGAGAACACUUUUAUACACAAAUUCCUUGUAAAAAAAGGAUAAAACGGCCAACCAAUACAAAGAGAAGAGAGGAAACUGAAGAAGAAAACGUAUAUACAUAAAAUGGAGACUUGAGCGAAACCAACCUCUUGAUGCAAUUUUCUUAACUUUAUCGCCAAGGCGAACUAGGCGAGAAACCAGCCGAGAUUCAGGUCUGAUAUGGGCUUAUGCAUAUCUAGUAGAUUUUGACUUACUUCCUGUUGUUGGAAGAAGUAGCCUGGAAUUUCAUUUUGAUCUUAAAGGUUGACUUAGCCGUGAUAUCAAGGCUUGUAUCCUGGAUCCAGGGAUUAAAUUUUUUCCUGUAGCUACUUAGUGCAGGCAGACUAAUCGUCAGAUUCCAGGCUUUACCUGGAUCAAGCUACUUCUCCAAUAAGCCCGCAACACGCUGCAGAAAUCCAUAGUCCCGCCCACUCAACACCGAAGCCAUACCAAGAAGGAAGCCUAUCUUCAUUGUGCCCUCUCAUUUUGCCCUGUCAUGAGGUAGAUUUAGAGAGGACGUUCAGGCACUCUCGCAGGCAUAUCAUCAUCUCAUUCGUCUAAGCCGAGGUUAGUAGCGUCACAAAGCGGAUGAACCAUUAUGGGUCCUUACUGGCUGCGUAACCAAUAAGAAUCUGCCUAUCUUUAAUUUAAGAUUAAGAAGAAGAAAAACUUUAUAGGAUGAUGGAAUGCCCUGUAUUGUGGGUCAGGGUGGAUCCAGAUUUUCAGAUUUUAAGAAAAGUUGAUAUUACACAGAGUGAUUUUAUGUGGAUUGAACAGAUGAAAAAGGAGAGAGACGAUGUGUUGGCUCAAUAUGAUGCAAUUAAAGCUGCGAAAAAAAUUACGUCAGAUUAUGCGAAUGUUUUGAAUUUGCUAACUCCCCCUCUUUAAAUUGGAACAAAAAAUCCUGUUUAAAAUCAAUAUUUUUAUCUUUAAUUUGUUUUAACAAAUUUUUGCAUAACUUUUGACAAAUAAAUUGAGCACAAUAGUUUGCAUUUAAUCUUUAAAACGAAUUUCAUAAAAAUAGGUUUUUUUCUUCGUUAAUAUUUUUUAAAAUUUUUAAAAAAAUAUAAAUUGAGCACAAUAGUUUUGAGUUUUAAUGAAUUUUUAUGAAGAAUUAAAUAAAAAAAUUAAUUGAUUUAGUAUGAAAACUGUUUAAAUAAUAUUCUACUUUUGUCUAUUAAAUUAGGUCAAUAAAUAUUUGUAUUUUCAAUUAUAAUUGUUUUUAAAAAAACAUGUUAAAUUGAGCACAGCAAUUAGAAAUUUUAAUUUAUUUUUAUAAAGAAUUAAAUAAAAAAUUUAAUCGAUUCAUUGUGUGAACUGUUUAAAUAACAUUCUGCUUGCUUUUGUCUAUGAAAUUAGCUAAACUUAUUUUAUAAAAAUCAGAUUUUUAUUGAUAAAAUUUUCAUAUUUAAUAACAAAUUUAAAGGGGAAAGAGUCCCCCAAAAAAUGCAAAUUUUAACGAUUUUUGUCCCAAUUUAAAAGGAAGAGUAAAUGAAAUAUUGGAAAAUAAAAAUUAUUCUUGAAUAAGCUGUUUGCAUAUUUAAUGGGCAAGAUUAUUAGCAUUUGAUUUCAAUUAAAAUAAAUAGGUAUAUUAUUAUAGAGUUAGAACAAGAGCAGCCAAAACGUUAGCUGCCAUUAGUUACCCCAUAAAUGCUUAUAAAGGGCUAGAUUAUUUGAUUUACUAUUUCAAGAAAAACCAUUAUGAGCAUGAUUUACUUAAGCCCAACAAUUUCACUUCUGCAGAGGAAUACUUUGUUGACAAAGCAGUUCUGCAGAGUAUAAUAAAAGUAAAUGAUAUGUCUUUAACUCACAACUAUACAAGAAUUAAAGUCAACUCUAGCUUUGUAGUUGAAUUUUUAGCAGAAGUUUUACGAAAUAACGACAAUUCAACUAAUUUUUACGACGACUCACAUUGGAAAGCAAAUAUUUUGCACGUGAUUGCAUCAACAACAAACCCUAUCUACGUCGACCAAAUAUUAGAAGAAAUUACAUGGAACUGCAAGCUAGAUCUAGCGCUUCCUUCAAAGCAAUAUAUCAUUACCACGCAAUGUUUAAAAGGAUUGCUGAAACUAAAUACUCAUCAUAAAGUAUUACUUGACCUAAUUUGCCAGUUUUUCUUAUAUCAUUAUCUAUUAAAAUUGGUUCAUAAAUAAAAUAAAUAUACCAAGAAGCUUUUAUUGAUUACAAGAAAAUAGAUUUUAUUAUUAAUUAUGCACUGUAUAGAAAAAUUAGACUUCUACCCUCCAGAAAUCCAAUCAAAAAUCCUCAACUUUUUAAUUUCUUACUCUAUCAAGCAGCGGGCUUCAGCUAAGCUGAUGUUCCAACUUAUCCUCAAAAGAAUAAAAUCGCACCAUGAGCAUAUCGUCCACUAUCUUGGCUCUCUAUGAUUCAUAUUAGAAAGCAUCAGUUCCUCUACCGCCAACGACUCAAUUUUAACAGAAAUCAGGACCUCUGAAGAAAUUCGAACAGUAUUAUGGGACGUUUGCACUUCUCCUCUUUCCUCUGCAGACCAUCGGCUUAUGUUUGCUUUCUGAAGCAUUUAUCGCUAUUAUUUUCCAAGGUCCUGGAAAAAUGAAGUCCUUGACCCAGCUUGGCGAGAAAAGCAAGACGCAGACAAAAACAAUCAGCAAAGACUAGAAGCCAUCGACAUUUCUAAAGGCACCUGGGAAGACUGGGCACAAGAGAUCUUAAAUCGUCUGGUAAGGCAUGACUAUUCAACCCCCUUUUUAGAGCCAGUUGACUACGUGACAGAAGGCUUAUAUGAUUAUCCUGAAAUCGUGACCCAUCCUAUGGAUUUUUCCACAAUCCAGACUAAACUAAAAAGCCACGAAUAUUCCAAUUUUUAUAACUUUUCUGGAGAUGUCAGACUUGUCUUUGAUAAUUGCAGGAGUUAUAACGCUGAAGGCUGCGAGCUCUACCGCUAUGCAGAAACUCUAGAUGAGUGUUUUAGAGUACUAUCAAGACCAAUAGAAGAGCAUUUAGGAAAAGGCCAGCCAGAAGUGAGGUUGAAAUUAAGAAUAUUUGGAAGAGACGUUAAAGUUGAAUAA